AUGGCGAUCAAAGCACUAUGCCUCGCCCUCAUCCUCGCGUGCGCUGUAACAGCGGAACCUGACACCAGGCUCGCUGGCGGUACGCCCACUACCAUCGAGGAGUUUCCCUACAUCGUGGCGUUGGUGUAUCGCUACCCUGGCGCGGGUAUCACUGUUCAACGUUGCGUGGGAUCACUCAUCUCGUCCUGGCAUGUGCUGACGUCAGCUUUCUGUUUCACUGGCGCGGACUUAAGCAAUAUGGAGGUGCGCGCUGGCUCCACCAACAGUAUGGCGGGCGGUUCCGUCGUCACAAUUAGGGAGGUGACCCAGCACCCAGACUACCAGGAAACUCCUAGAAAGGCGGACAUAGCCGUCGCGCUGUUGAACACUCCUUUCGGCAUCACCGAUUCCAUCAACAUUCUGUACCUGCCGCCUCCAGGCACCUACAUCCCCGACGGAGGAAACCUCAGGAUCGUCAGCUGGGGCUUCGAGUCUAUACAAGGGCCGCAACUGGAGACCCUGAAGACGAUCAAUCUCCGCAAGGUGCCUUUGGAAGAAUGCGAAGCAGCCUACGUCGAUUCAGAAGCUGUCGCUAUUGGAGAUGAGGUGAUCUGCGCGGCGGAGGAGGAGAAGAGCCUCUGCUUCGGUGACUCCGGCGCGCCGAUGGUCAUCGGGCGCACUGUCGUCGGUGUAUCGUCCCAUUUCGAGGACUGCAGCAGCGAGGUCUACCCCAACGUGUUCACCAGAAUCGACCGCUUCACGAACUGGAUAAUAAGCGUGGCGACGCCGCCCUCCGGCGCCUCUGUAGCCACCGCUUCUGUCCGGGUCGAGCCUGUCGUGUAC